CACCCUCCCUGACAUUUCAGGAAAAAAUGGCGACCAGUAUGCUGCGGCUCCCGUUGCGACAUCUCGCCAAAAAUGCGGCGAUAAUGAGCCGUAACACCGGCUCGAAAACAUCGAACAUAUCCAGGGCGACUCAAAGUAGGACCGUAGUAUCAACGCCGUCGGGGGCAAUCUUACCGAAACCGGAUAAAACACCGUUUGGUCUUAUCCGCAUGACAGCAGUGGUGGUGCCUUUCCUGUAUGUGGGAACACUGAUCAGCAAGAACUUUGCCGCUCUCUUGGAGGAGCAUGACAUCUUUGUCCCUGAGGACGAUGACGACGAUGACUGAGCUAAUGUCAGGAAAUAAACGGGUGCUAAGCAAUAUCGAGUGAGAGCACACCAGCGGGCACAAGGAAGAUGGGGAAGAUGGGGCACUUUGGCAUCCAAACAUAUCCCUCCACCUAUCUCCUCUCUCUCCUCUGCUAUUUAUGAUGUUUUCACAAUACUCAUUUGAAAUCUCAUAUCCUGUGAGGCUACCAAAACUACUAGUCAUGCCCUCACUCUUGUUUGCAUGUUUGUCUUUUAACUCAAUAAAGGGAGUUGAUUACACAUGGAUAA